CCCCUUCAGGCAUGCUACGCCUCAAGCUGAGCAGCAGGCGAUCCAGCCGGUCCUCAUCCCACUCGAGGAGCGAGAAGCGGAUCAGCCAUCCACAGGCUGAGCCUGUUGUGAGGGGGAGGGGAAAGCCUUCGAUGUUGUAGCUGAGCAUGCGCGAGAGAGACGCAAGGGCAGUGGAAGCAUUCAGUGCUGUGCGAGCUGGUGAUCUGUCAGGCGAAGGGCAGCGACAGGACUCACAGCUCGAGGUUGAUUGGCUCGGGAGGAGAGGGGGGUCGAGAGAAGGCAAUGAGCUGCGCGAUGCGAAGACGCGAGAUGUCAGUGUGCUCCCUUGUGGUCCGGCUUUGUACAUGUCCUUGGAUGCUCACAACUUUGCUCUUAGGCCCAGCGGGGAUGGCGACGGCGAGGGAGGAUGAGGUGCUCCUAGGGUAGGAUGACUGUUGAUGGGCAGCGUGCUAGAGGUCGUCAGAUGGGGCGAUCACAUCUGCAAGUCGAAAGGUUUGGUAGUCUGCUCACAGCUGAAGCGCUCCUCCUCGUAGGCUGGCCAGUGAGUCGAGCGACCAGCCUGUUAUCGAUCGACAAGAUGGAACAUCAGCGCCAUCCUCACUCCAUAUCUCUACCAAACUCACUCCUCAGCAGGCAAGCUGGUAUUGCUGACCCAUCGCCCCCCAGGCGUGAAGUGUCCUGCGCCUUGAGCUUGAUGUGGAGUGUGGUUGCCAGAGGCCAGUCGACUGACCGAGUCGAAAAGGUCGUCGAGCCUGGGCUCGCUGGUGGUGUGGGUGGUCUGGUGCUCCAUGUUGAGCUGAAUAGUCGCUCCUAUCGCUUGAGGGUUCAGACUAUGAUGAUGAUGGUGGUAGUGAUUAGAUAGAGCACUAGGUUGCGUGCAAGGCGGAGCUGGGGUGGAUGUCAGUGGGCAAGCGGGCCGCCACCCUUGAGGGGCCAAGCCAUGCCUUGCUUUUGGGUUUGAGGGCUGGAGGGCUGGGUCACGCCCAAUGUGGGGACGCUCGAGCCAUCCGAAUUCUUUUCGUGCAACUCUGGG